UGGCCAAUCAAUAUUCCGUAAAACUGUAGACAAGAAUUUUCUUGGAAUUAUCCUUCUAUGUAUAUACUGUUGACGUUUUGUGACUAAUUCAUAUGGAUCAUGGAUACAAACGCUUGUGAAUAAGAAGUGUAAGAAGUGUUUCUUCUGGGAGUGGAUUUUUUUGUAUUUGUGUCCACUUUUUUCAGUUCUAUUUGGAGAUUUUCAGGGAAUUAUAGCUGACAAUAUGGGCACCGUCAUGUCUUUUACACCUCGACCGCGGAAGCCGAAUUAUGAAGAUCUUCACUUGCAGAAUUUUGGAUACGAGAUGUUAAACAAUGCUAAAAACUCGCAAUCAUCCCAGUCCAAAGACAAAAUAUAUAAGAAACAUACGGUGUUUUUGAGUGGACUAAGUUGGAAAAAAUUGACCGUGAAUGGCGGUAAGAAAAAAGACAAGAAUUUUCUACUUCGUUCCAAUGCUUCCAUUGUUCCCGGAAAACUAGACAAUAAUUCUAAUAUAGACAAUAUAAACAGAAAUAUACCCAAAUCUCUGUCGUUAUACAACAUCAAACCGGGCUCAGACGAAAACGUCCCUCCUUCCAGAUCCACCGAGAAAUCGGAGAUCAUCACCACAAGUCCCGCCAAACGCACAAUUAUCCAAGCCUCCACUUCGGAACUCCUCAAGUGUCUAGGAGAGUACUUAUGUAGAAAGUGCAGAAAGCUCAAGACUUUUGAAGGCUGCGACCUAAUAAUGUGGUUGCGCACGGUGGAUCGCUCCUUGCUACUGCAGGGUUGGCAAGAUGUCGGAUUCAUCAACCCAGCAAACGUGGUAUUUGUGUUCAUGUUGGUUCGCGAUCACUCGCAUUCUGAUAUUGUCACUGAACAAGACUUACAAGCGACGGUGCUGACGUGUUUGUAUCUGUCCUACAGCUACAUGGGCAACGAGAUCAGUUAUCCCCUAAAACCCUUCUUAGUGGAAAACGACAAGGAGGCGUUCUGGGACCGAUGUCUUUCCAUUGUCAAUAAACAAAGUAGCAACAUGCUACGGAUUAACAGUGAUCCGGGCUAUUUCACAGAGAUUUUUGCUGAGUUGAAGUCUUAUUCCCCCUGUAUAUGAACAAUACCCUCACAGAGGUCAAGAAAAUGUGGAAAAUUUAGACAGCGCAAUCUUAUAUUGGUAUAUAUGUAUUUAGCUAGAUACGAGCCUUGUGAUAGACAUCUAGCGUUAAUCUGUACAGUAUCGAUGUAAAACAAAUUUUAAUUUGAAAUAUUUGAUAUUUCAUUAUUUGCAAUAAUUUGCAUGCGUAGAAUUCAACCGCUGCUUUGACAAUCCCAUUUAUUUUUGUCCUGGCAUAGAUAACUCAUCGUGUGUAUAUGCCAUUUAUUGUAUGACAUAUCAUCUAUCGUUACACAUGUAACAAACCAGGUAGAUUAAUCAAUAUUAAAGUUUGCGAAAGUGCAAGGAUUUUAUCCUAUUCAAAAGCUGGUAGCAAGGAAUGUUGGUUCAAAUUUGGCACAAAUACCAAUUCUAAAGAAAAAAUAAUCAAUUUCCUCCAAAAUAUGCUCAUUCUUUAUUAAAUUCGGAAAAAAAUAUAUCCCGAGGAAAAAGUCGAUAUAUUAUAUCCCUUCUUCCUACGUAUUGGUACAAUGUAAUGAAUGUAUAUUCGUCACUGUAUGAGAAUGUAUGAAUCGAUAAAUGUUUCUUGGCAUCGGCGAAGCCAGAGAAUUUGUUCCUUUUAUACAUAUACCUUCACAAUGGCUUCCCCUACGUAUUAUUUAGCUUAUUAAGCUGUACCAUGUUUGUGAUAUUCAAAAAGUGUAUAUUUCGUUAGUAUGAAAAAGUACUGUUUUGGGGUUCUUGUUUAAAUGGACUGGAUUCUAAAUUGUGUUAUUGAAGUCAAAGGAUAAGAUAUCUUUGUACUUUGUUUUUUUAUUAUUACUAUUGAUUACUCACCGAGCUGAAGUGGCUAAUUUACAAGUCAAAUGGAAGAAAAUUCAAAUAAUUGAUAAACAGUAGCUAAAGACGAGAAAUAUACAUUUGAAUUGAAUCCAGAGAAAUUUAAUUAUUUUAAUUCAAUUUCACCAAAAUAGUCACACUUGUUUCAUUGUCUGUAGAUGAAAAUGUUCGAUAAUUUCGAAGUCCAACCAAUUUAGCAGAAGAUCAACUUAAAUUGAUUCAAUCAGUGCUUUAAAUAUUGUAUUGAUAAAAAAAAUUACCAAUGUCAUUUAUUUAUUUAUUUAUUUAUUCAUUUUGAAUUUUAUUGAUAAAAAAUUCCUGCAUCAUUAAUCCCUUAUUCAUACUGCAAGAGCACAAACUUUGUUUUCAAUUCUGGAAUCAAGAAAUAUUGAUUAUUUAGUACAUCAUGCGUACUAGUGCUAUAUGUUAUGUGAAAUCCAAUUCAUAUAAAUGAUAUAAAUACUUAGAAAGGAUAGAUAAUUCUUCAUAAUUUCCAUACAAUUUACAGACGUAAAUAACAAAUUGACUUUAUCAAUUUAUGGAAGCAAAGGCAUAUUUUAAAGGUACUUCCCUUAAAUUUCAUAUUUUGGGUACAUACAAUUAUGUUAUUUGCCAUAUUUGAUUUUACAUAUUGUUAAAUACUGUAUAGAUCACAGGAUUGCUAUGUCAUCCUUCUUCCUAUAAUUAAGUUAUUGAUUUAUUUUUUAUCAUUCUGUAAUAUGUCGUUAUGUGUUAAAAGUUUUGCAA